UAUUCAAAAACAAACUGAAUGGUUUGGACUUUCACAGAUAGCAACAUGCAUCAGUAGUAAGUAGAGAGAACGCGAAGUAUUGGCGCCGUAUGCAGUAAAUAGCACCGAACAGCGUUUAAAAAUACAAUAAUGGCGUACAUCAAACGCAGUUUGACUCCCGAACAGAAACAAUUUUACGAAGACAAUGGAUAUAUCGUCGUUAGAAACAACGUUGAUCCUGAAGUUCUGGAUAAUUGCAUGAAACGAUUCAUAGAUAUUUGCAAGGGUUCGACAGAUCACCAAGUUUUUAUGGUCAUGAAAGAUCCAUCGUUGAAACAUUCAAAUGCUAAAGGCGAACACUUAAUUGAUAAGUUGCAAGACUUUGCUUUUGAUCCUGUAUUUUGGUCAUACGCAUCCGAUGUAAAUGUCGUCAACGUGGUUGAGGAAAUAAUUGGACCGAAUAUUACAGUUGCACACUCAAUGUUCAUAAACAAACCGCCAAAUGCCAAAGCUAGUUCUUCCCUACAUCCCUUGCACCAGGACAUAUUCUAUUUUCCAUUUCGUCCACCCAACAAAAUAGUGGCUUCUUGGACCGCACUAGAACGCGUAGAUGAGUCAAAUGGAUGCCUUUAUGUAAUUUCAGGCUCCCAUAAAGGGCCCAUGUAUGAACAUACAUACCCAGAGGGAUUUCGAAAGCCUAUGUACUUGGGAGUGCAAGGAUUUGAUCAUCUGAAAAAAACAUUCGUAAUAAUGGAAAAAGGGGAUACGGUGUUUUUCCAUCCGCAUAUCCUACACGGGUCAGGACCGAACCGAACACAAGGGUUUAGAAAGGCCAUAUCUUGCCACUAUGCGGACAGCAAUUGUGAGUUUAUCGACGUGAGAGGAACCAGCCAAGAGCAAUUGGCUGUUGAAUUAGAGGCAACAGCUCAAAAAUUAGGACUUACAUCAACAAACUUUAUCGAUGUAUGGAAAAUAAAAAGCCGCCUAGUGAGAGGCAAACCGGGAAGUUUCCAACAGAUCAGCAGUCGUUUGUAAAAUGCCCUGUCUAAGCUAAUCGAUUAACAGAAUUAUUAGCUUAAUUAAUAUUCCAAAAACAAUAUUAAUAGAGGUAAUUUUAAAAUGAUGUUGAAAUUAUAUGAUGUGAAUAUAAACGUUACUGUUA